AUGCUCAAGGACCAAAGCGUGAAGAUGGGCAAGCAGUAUGACAGUCCUGAGAGUAAGGACCAUAUUCAGCCUUUUAUCGAGAGCUUCCAUCUACAAGACUCGUUGAGCGACAUGGUCCAGCCUGACCCGAGCAAGUACAGCAACUUCAACGAGUUCUUUGCACGCGAAAUCAAGGAGUCUGCUCGACCCAUUGCUGAGCCCGACAGCACCAGCGUUGUGAGCAGUGUCGCGGACUGCAGGCUUACGACGUAUCCGACUGCUGAUAUGGCCACGAAAUACUGGAUCAAGGGCUUCGGGUUCACGCUCUCAAAACUGCUCGGCUCUCAGCAACUAGCGGAGACUUUCAAUGGAGGGCCUAUCAUCAUCCACCGUCUCGCGCCGCAGGACUACCAUCGCUGGCAUGCGCCUGUGGCCGGUACCGUCGAAAGCAUUACAGAGAUCCCCGGGACAUACUACACCGUCAACCCGCAAGCGAUCAAUGAAGAGGGAACGCUCGAUGUGUUCUGCGAAAACCGUCGAUCUGUCAUGAUCUUGAAGCGGCCUUCGGGUACUCGCAUCGCAAUCAUUGCCAUCGGAGCCAUGCUCGUUGGAAGCAUCCGGUACAAUCCAGGCAUCAAAGAAGGCGUCGCUGUCCGCCGAGGUCAGUGCCUUGGAGCGUUUCUUUACGGCGGCAGCACGGUGAUCACUCUGUAUUCCAAGGACAAGAUGAAGCUGGACGAGGACCCGGUGAAGAAUUGUACGGAAGAGAAGUGUGAAACGUAUGUCAAAGUGGGCUGGCGUGUGGGUGUUGAGCAGCACGUUGAGUAUUUGGGCUAG